CCCGUGGACGUAGGUCUUCUCGACCGAACCACGUAAAUCCGUGUCGUUUACUGCUUUCUAGUUUAGGUGUUGGUUUCUCGUUUCACCAACUGGCGCCGUCUGUGGGAAAAUCGAGCUAAGGCGUGAGAUUCAUUAUUCAUCGAGUACUGUUCAUCGGGUACUGUUCAUCGAAGAAAUUGGGGAAUUGGGGUUACUGUUCAUCGAGAAAAAAAUUGAGAAAAUUGGGGAAUCAGAUUACUGUUCAUUGGAGAGAAAUUGGGGAAAUUAGGGAUGUGGGUUACUGUUCAUCGAGGCUAGAAAAUCUGGGCAAUCCGGACAAUCUUGACCAUUACCGAUCAAAUCGCCGGAGGAGUCCCCUGGUUAGGGGAUCUGAUUUUUGGGAGAUACAGUUCCAAUAAAACUCAAGAGUAGAGGAGACAUUUGACAGAAAAUAAGGGAGCUCGACUGCAUUUGGGUGUUAGGGUUUAACAGGAGUACCAAUCGUGCGCCGUCAUCGCGCUGGUCGCCGGUCGCCAUCGGUCACCGCUGGUUCACCUACACGUCGCGCACCAUCGCCAUUACCAGAUUCCAUUCAUCCUUAACAAUCGAAGGGAUGCGUAGUUGCUGCUCAAUCUGGCUCGUCGAGAAGAGAAAAGGGGAAUCGGGAUUCUGGGCAGGGAGUUCAUCUUCAUCGAUUCUACCACUGAGGUCAUCGAGUUUCUUUCUCGAUUCAUAGCUGUUGUUCACUCUAGCGACCCACAAAUCUACAUCCCAACUCCGCCGCCACCACUGAAGAGCCGGCGGGCGCCACCUGAAACUCGCCUCCAUCUCCGAGUUCGCCACUGUACUUGGACUGCCGUUGCUACUAUGCUCGGGUUCCGACGAGUCUGCAAGAGCUCACCGUCUUCGUUUCCCCAAGAGCUCGACUAAACAGGGCACUUGACCCUCCAACAAAAGCUAAGUCCAAUCUUCUAUAUGCAAUAAAAUGUUUGAUGCUUCAAAUAAAACAGCUAGCUAUAAAAAAGUCAAAGAUGUAUCUAUAUCUCAUUGUAUGAUCGUGGUGUGAUAUGUGCAUUAAAGUGAUUUUUAUUAUCAACUAUGGUCUGUUGAUGCGAGCAAACUUUAGAAUAUUGGAACACGCUUAACUGAGCCUGAAAUUGUUUGAGAUGACAUCAACUUGGCAAUUCGCUAAUCAAGUUUGUAGCAUAUGGUGUAUACUGUGGAAUAUGGAAAAGGAUUUGACCCUCUAAACAAUUAUUAUUAUGCGUAUUGAUUAUCUUUUAGCAUGGUUGCAAUAGUAUGAAAGUCAGAUUGGGGCGAGCACCCAUAUCUUGGUGAAAUAUGUGAGUUGGUUAGUUGUCAAUCCAAGAAAAAUGAUGCAGAGCGUGUGGCCUGAUUCGUUGUCUAAUUGAUCCUUUUAAUUGAUCUCCACUCUUGUUAUGUUGAUCAUUUCAAUUGGCAUAAGACCGUUUUUGAGCCAAGAAGUUUUGGAAGGGGCAUGAAUGAUUUUCUAAUAGCUUAUGUAUUGUUUGCUUUUCAAAGUCAACUGUGAGGUGUUGAUCAAAUCUGGCAUGAUCGAUUCUUGAUUGGCUUGAUGUCCAUUUAUGCUUAAUUAUUUUGAUAGCUUUAAUGAAAAACAUAAAUUCUUCAUUGUGUGUAAGUGAGUACAAAUAUGUAAUCAAGUAGAGGCCUAGAAUCAGCCGUUCAUACUAAACUCGAGCAGCGUUUCCCAGUUCAUAAAUCCGGUUUUGAAAUUGUGCUGUAGAUAUUUUAUUUGCAAUAGAUCUCUCUGUUCGCAGACUAAAUUGGCCUUAUCUUAUAUCUGUUGUGAUUUUUUGGGAAUUUCUCUGAUCUGAUAGGUAUUCCUCUGCUCUGACGAGGUGACGGGCAUUCCUCUGCUCUGACGGGUGACGGGCAUUCCUCUGCCCUGACGAGGUGACGGGCAUUCCUCUGCUCUGACGGGUGACGGGCAUUCCUCUGCCCUGACGGGUGACGGGCAUUCCUCUGUCCUGACGGGUGACGGGCAUUCCUCUGCUCUGACGGGUGACGGGCAUUCCUCUGCCCUGACGGGUGACGGACAUUCCUCUGCCCUGACGGGUGACGGGCAUUCCUCUGCUCUGACGGGUGACGGGCAUUCCUCUGCCCUGCCGGGUGCUCUGACGGGUGUUUCUCUGCUCUGGCGAGUGCUCUGCCGGGUGCUCUGACUGGUAUUUCUCUGCUCAGACGGGCUGCUCUGACGGGAAACACAGAUUUUGGGAAAGACUUGUACAAAUAUGAUAAACAUCAUAACAUAGAAAGGUAACCCACUAACUAGUGGGGAUUCAGGUACUUCGCAGAACUAUACUUUAUCAUUGCAGGAUCUUGUCAAAACAUGUGAACUUGAUUGGGAUAUAUUAUUCUUUGUCACUUAGAAAAAAUCAUGAUUUAUAUGAUCUUUGAUGGGAUUUGAAAAUUUGAAUGAAUUCAUCGGUAUAUGAAUAUGGGAAUCAAGUUGUGGCAAUGGAUUAUAUAAUCUAGGGUUCGAAUUCUCUUUGCAGCCCUGUCUUAAAGGGGCUUUCAUAUUUAUACUAAUAUCUGUGCCUAAGAGAUCUUGUAGCACAGGGAAAUUAAAUUGGGGAAAGCUUUGAACAAAAUAUGGGAACCGCCAUAACGUGAAAACGGUAAACCACUUGUAAGUGGUAAUUCAGGUACUUCGCUGAACUUUAUCUCGUGGAAGCAUGUGAGCAUGAUGGGGGAGUAUUAUGCUUUAUUACUAGGCAAAAUUAUGUUUUUAGGGUAUUUUUAUGGGAACAUGUAAGUAGGAUAGGGAUUUGGGAAAUAUUCUACUUCCUUACUUGGGCAAAACCAUGACUUAUAUGAUCUAUGCUGGGAUUUAUGCAAUAAUAAUUAUGUCUUGGAAGCUGCACACCUUCUGCAUAUAUGCUAGGGCUUGAACUGCAACUUGAAUUAUGUUACUUGGGAACUGUAGUUAUGCUAACUCUCUCACAAUCAUCACAAGCAUGAGCACCAAACACACACACACACUUAACAUGUUCAUGCAGGGCAUUGCACAUGUCACCAGAGGGGGGAGUAGGGUGUAUACCCGUAGUCCCCAAUUUUCAAAUUCAAAAAUUGCUUCUCAGCAAGUCAAGGGAAAAACAGAGGGAUCAUGCUUCACCAGAGCAGAGGGGUCACACCCAACCAGAACAGAGAGGUCCCUGACAAUCGUAAGCCGCGAAAGUUGGUCGUGCCAUCCGGGCCUUCCAUGCUCCGCGCAGAGGUUCCUGACAAUCGUAAGCCGCGAAAGUUGGUCGUGCCAUCCGGGCCUUCCAUGCUCCGCGCAGAGGUUCCUGACAAUCGUAAGCCGCGAAAGUUGGUUGCGCCACCCGGGCCCUCCAUGCUCCGCGCAGAGAUAGCACUUAAUCAUAAGCCGCGAAAGUUGGUUGCACCCCCCGGGUUUUCCAUGCUCCGCGCAGAGGUUGCUUUAACCGUAAGCCACGAAAGUUGGUGGCACCCCCCAGGUCCUCCAUGCUCCGUGCAGGGUGUUCCUGUCAAUCGUAAGCCGCGAAAGUUGGUUGCGCCACCCGGGCCCUCCAUGCUACGCGCAGAGAUAGCACUUAAUCAUAAGCCGCGAAAGUUGGUUGCACCCCCCGGGUUUUCCAUGCUCCGCGCAGAGGUUGCUUUAACCGUAAGCCACGAAAGUUGGUGGCACCCCCCAGGUCCUCCAUGCUCCGUGCAGGGUGUUCCUGUCAAUCGUAAGCCGCGAAAGUUGGUUGCGCCACCCGGGCCCUCCAUGCUCCGCGCAGAGAUAGCACUUAAUCAUAAGCCGCGAAAGUUGGUUGCACCCCCCGGGUUUUCCAUGCUCCGCGCAGAGGUUGCUUUAACCGUAAGCCACGAAAGUUGGUGGCACCAUCCGGGCCUUCCAUGCUCCGUGCAGGGUGUUCCUGUCAAUCGUAAGCCGCGAAAGUUGGUUGCGCCACCCGGGCCCUCCAUGCUCCGCGCAGAGAUAGCACUUAAUCAUAAGCCGCGAAAGUUGGUUGCACCCCCCGGGUUUUCCAUGCUCCGCGCAGAGGUUGCUUUAACCGUAAGCCACGAAAGUUGGUGGCACCCCCCGGGUCCUCCAUGCUCCGUGCAGGGUGUUCCUGUCAAUCGUAAGCCGCGAAAGUUGGUUGCGCCACCCGGGCCCUCCAUGCUCCGCGCAGAGAUAGCACUUAAUCAUAAGCCGCGAAAGUUGGUUGCACCCCCCGGGUUUUCCAUGCUCCGCGCAGAGGUUGCUUUAACCGUAAGCCACGAAAGUUGGUGGCACCCCCCAGGUCCUCCAUGCUCCGUGCAGGGUGUUCCUGUCAAUCGUAAGCCGCGAAAGUUGGUUGCGCCACCCGGGCCCUCCAUGCUCCGCGCAGAGAUAGCACUUAAUCAUAAGCCGCGAAAGUUGGUUGCACCCCCCGGGUUUUCCAUGCUCCGCGCAGAGGUUGCUUUAACCGUAAGCCACGAAAGUUGGUGGCACCCCCCGGGUCCUCCAUGCUCCGUGCAGGGUGUUCCUGUCAAUCGUAAGCCGCGAAAGUUGGUUGCGCCACCCGGGCCCUCCAUGCUCCGCGCAGAGAUAGCACUUAAUCAUAAGCCGCGAAAGUUGGUUGCACCCCCCGGGUUUUCCAUGCUCCGCGCAGAGGUUGCUUUAACCGUAAGCCACGAAAGUUGGUGGCACCCCCCGGGUCCUCCAUGCUCCGUGCAGGGUGUUCCUGUCAAUCGUAAGCCGCGAAAGUUGGUUGCGCCACCCGGGCCCUCCAUGCUCCGCGCAGAGAUAGUACUUAAUCAUAAGCCGCGAAAGUUGGUUGCACCCCCCGGGUUUUCCAUGCUCCGCGCAGAGGUUGCUUUAACCGUAAGCCACGAAAGUUGGUCACACCCCCCGGGUUUUCCAUGCUCCGUGCAGGGUGUUAUUUCAAUCGUAAGCCGCGAAAGUUGGUUGCACCCCCCCGGGUCUUCCAUGCUCCGCGCAGAGUGUUCAAGCUUGGAUGGGAAGCAGCAAAGGAGGGAAGCAGCAAAGGAAUGCAUACAAAGGAGGGAAGCAGCUGAGGAAUACUCCACCGUGAUCUCACUGCUCUGCCGUGAUUUCACUGCUCUACUGUGAUUUCACCACUCUGCCGUGAUUUCACUGCUCUACCAUGAUUUCACUGCUUUGCCGUGAUUUCACUGCCCUACUGUGAUUUCACUGCUCUGCAGUGAUCCCAAUGCUCAGCCACCGUCCGUGAUCUCAAUGCUCAGCCACCGUCCGUGAUCCCAAUGCUCAGCCACCGUCCGUGAUCUCAAUGCUCAGCCACCAUCCGUGAUUUCAAUGCUCUUCCGGGAUUUCAAUCCUCUGUCGGGAUUUUAAUGCUCUACCGGGAUCUCAAUCCUUUGUCGGGAUUUCAAUGCUCUUCCGGGAUUUCAAUCCUCUGUCGGGAUUUCAAUGCUCUACCGGGAUCUCAAUCCUUUGUCGGGAUUUCAAUGCUCUUCCGGGAUUUCAAUCCUCUGUCGGGAUUUCAAUGCUCUACCGGGAUCUCAAUCCUCUGUCGGGAUUUCAAUGCUCUUCCGGGAUCUCAAUCCUCUAUCGGGAUUUCAAUGCUCUACCGGGAUUUCAAUCCUCUGUCGGGAUUUCAAUGCUCCGCCAUGACUUUAAUGUUCUGCUCUGAAAGGGCAUGUCUAUGCUCUGACCGGGCUGCUCUGAGGGACAUUUCUCUGCUCUGAGGGUAUUUCUCUGCUCUGAAAGGGUAUUUCUCUACUCUGAUCGGGCUGCUCUGAAGGUAUUUCUCUGCUCUGAAAGGGUAUUUCUCUGCUCUGAUCGGGCUGCUCUGAAGGCAUUUCUCUGCUUUGAGGGGCAUUUCUCUGCUCUGAUCGGGCUGCUCUGAAGGUAUUUCUCUGCUCUGAAAGGGUAUUUCUCUGCUCUGAUCGGGCUGCUCUGAAGGCAUUUCUCUGCUCUGAGGGACAUUUCUCUGCUCUGAUCGGGCUGCUCUGAAGGUAUUUCUCUGCUCUGAAAGGGUAUUUCUCUGCUCUGAUCGGGCUGCUCCGAAGGUAUUUCUCUGCUCUGAAAGAGUAUUUCUCUGCUCUGAUCGGGCUGCUCUGAAGGCAUUUCUCUGCUCUGAGGGGCAUUUCUCUGCUCUGAUCGGGCUGCUCUGAAGGUAUUUCUCUGCUCUGAAAGGGUAUUUCUCUGCUCUGAUCGGGCUGCUCUGAAGGCAUUUCUCUGCUCUGAAAGGGUAUUUAUAUGCUCUAACCGGGCUGGGGUAUUUCUCUGCUUUGACCGGGCCGCUCUGAUAUGUAUUUCUCUGCUCUGAUCGGGCUGGGGUACUUCUCUGCUCUGACCGGGCUGGGGUACUUCUCUGCUCUGACCGGGCUGAUGUAUUUCUCUGCUCUGACCGGGCUGUUCUGAUGGGAAUUUCUCUGAUCUGAUAUGUAUUUUUCUGCUCUGACCGGGCUGUUCUGACGGGGAUUUCUCUGAUCUGAUAUGUAUUUCUCUGUUCUGACGGGCAGUUCUCUGAGCUGAUAAACAUUUUUCUGCUCUGAUCGUGUUGGGUAUUUCUCUGUUCUACUCUACGGGCUACACUAUUUUGCGUCUCUGCUCUAUGGGCUGUUUUGAUCUAUUCUAAUCGCUGCUCAGCGAGGAAUAAGCCGCCUCUUGGGCGUGCCACUGUUAUCUAUUGGCCUUCUCACGCGCUGGAUUUCUUACGCGCUCAACAACAGGGUAUAUUGUUCAGACUCGAUAAAUAUUUAUGACGGGUUUUCUCACAUGAUCAGAGUAUCAUAUUUCUCACUUCAACAUGGGUUUUCCUAUGUUAUUCGGGUAUUCUUGCAACGGUCUUCUGAUUUAUCUAACACAAAGCAUUCAUAUUGCUUAUCUAUGCAAAGUAUUCAAUAUGGGGUAUUCUCAGCGCUGGUUUUCUUAUGCGCCCAAAGAAAUGGAAAUUAUUUAUCUUUGUCAACAUUCAACAAACAAGAAGGAAAUCUAACUUGGAACUACAAUUCCAAAGUCAAGGGAAAAAUGUUUAUCUUUGCUUUCUUAUAAUAUUAAAACUCUUAUGUCUUCAUGAUUUGCAGGGAUUAAGGAAAACAGCACAGCGUUGGCUUUAACGAUACUUCGCUGGUUGAACACGAAGAAUACCCGGUUCAACCAGACUAGGGGGGAGUGGUUGAUGAGGAGUGAUAUGUGCAUAGUAGGGAAAUGGUGUAAACCAGAGAAGUCAUCCUCGCCAGAGGAGGCGUAUCUGCCAGAGAAGUCAUCCUCGCCAGAGGAGGCGUAUUUGCCAGAGAGGUCAUCCUCGCCAGAGGAGUCGUGCUUACCAGAGGAGUCACCUCCGCCAGAGACGUCAACAUCGCCAGAGAAGACAUUUUCACCAGAGGAGUCACUAAAAGCGCGAGGAGGUCUCCCGCGUAAAACCGAAAUUACUAUCUUACCCUUCAAUGUAUUAAAGGGGCUUAAGCCCAAUUAUCUUAGGGAAUGGGCUUGAGGCCCUAAGGCUUAUUCACAUGCUUAUAAAUAGAGACUUAGUAGUAGGUUAGAGGGGGGGGGAUCUCAUUUUUUACUCAUUCAUCUCUUGUAAAAUGUAAUACUCUCUCGAUUAUAGUAAAAAACCCCCAAAACCCCCGUGGACGUAGGUCUUCUCGACCGAACCACGUAAAUCCGUGUCGUUUACUGCUUUUUAGUUUAGGUGUUGGUUUCUCGUUUCACCACUUACCAUGAAAGUUGUAGAAGUGAUCGUCACUCGUCUUUUGAAUUUAAUUAUGCCAGCCAUCUCUGGGGACGUGUACAAUACAGCCAAGUAGGAAUCGAUAUGGAUGUUUUCCAUUUUCUUUUUGGGAUCUGCCAUGAUCUUGAAGAAGGCAGACGUCACAGCCAUUGGCAAACCAACAUUUCGCCUACAUUAUACAUUAUCACUACUACAAAAAUGCACAUACAUAACACCUCAUACAUAACGGUUUUUUGAAAAAACCGUUAUGUAUGAGCGCAUUUUUAGAAUAGAUAACGGUUUUGACAAAAAACCGUUAUCUAUGUAGUGUUGUCCAUACGUUUAGAUAACGGUUUGAGUUAUUCCGUUAUAUUUGUGCGUUAUCUAUUAGAUACAUACAUAACGGUAUUACAAAACCGUUAAGCCGACCGUUAUCUAUGAGCAUCUUUUUAUAGAAUUUUAAAAAUUAAAAGAAAAAAAAAAUCAAAAAAUUGGCUUCUUCUUCCCCAAAUUGGCUUCGACACCACCACUUUCCCCAAAAACUUAAAGAAAAACAGGGCUUCUGCAAUUCUUCUUCUCCAUCCGCCUUCUUCUCCAUCCGCCUUCUUCUUCGCCUCUCCUCCCCCCAUCCGCCUUCUUCUUCCCCAAAUCGACCCCUCUGCCAUAUACCAACUCUGUUCGCCCCGAUUCUCCACCAAGUCCCGACUUCGAACCAUGCCGAUGCUCCAGCGCGGCGCACACUUCGGCGACCCGGAUCGACGCCUCCUUCACCAACUCCAGCGCGGCGCACGCUUCGGCGACCCGGAUCGAACCAAGUCCCAGCUUCGAACCCUAGGUUGUCGCAGGUGGCCUGUCAUCGAAGCCUCUCAGGAAAGCCAACUUUCCCCUCACGACCUAUCUCGAGCUCCUCUCUUUUUUCCCCAAAUUCAGAACCCUAGGUCGUUUGUCGCCACCUCCACCGCUUCCACCGGUAGUCACCUCCCUCGCACUGAAAUACUCCGAUUUUAAUGGCAGCGACCCUCUCUCUCUCAGAUAAUAUGCACAAAUUGGGCAUAACUUUAUCUUUCUAGGGUUCUAAAUUGCUCCGGUAACGACAGUUCUCUCCAACUCCAGUAAGUCCUGAACUCUGCACUUCUCUACUCUGGGUUCGAAUUUUUAAAUUCUCGAGCAAUUUUGUAAGUUAUGCAUACUUAGUAAGUUCUAGUUCUCUUCUUCGGAGAACGGGGUGUUGCAGUUGAUUGAUUCUUGUAGUCCGACUUAAUUCAAUUGCUUCUUGCACUGUAGUUAUUGAAUUCGCGGGGGAUUCUGAAUUCUUGAUUGCUCCGGGUCCGAAUUGUUAUGACAGUUUUCUUAGGUGGUAAGCUUUGCUUAAUUGAAUAUUAGGCAUGGUGGAUGCUCACAAUGAAAUCAUGUCUUGUAUUCCUGUGCUCUAAGACCUAAAUUUGAAACUGAUCGUGUAUUGUUAGGCUGAUGCUGGAGGUUCACCCUCACUUGUUGCUCGAGGAUUCAGCACUGUUCAGGCUGCUAGUGGUGGUGAGCAACUUGAAAUUCAAGUUCCAGUUGAAAGAAUUGUGUUGUUAUCAAAAAGCUUGAAGCAGCUUCAUCGAAGAUAUUUGGUGGGGAUAGAUCUAAGAUCAAGAAAAUUGAAGAGCUGCGAGACAAUAUCAGAGUAAUACAAACGAAUAAAGGGAUACACACAUAAGUUUGAGAUUGCAGAGACAUGUUUUGGAGAGAUGGGGAGCCAUUUAGGAUAAUUGGAGGAGACUUGCAUUAUUUCCGAGUGCAUCUUGAGGUUUGUGGUGGAUUAAAUGAGUCGUACGUUGAGCUGAAGAGGCUUGUGAAUUCACAAGAAAAGUUGUACCAUAUGGCUAGCUAGUUGCAUAUUUAAUAUGUUUAGUAUUUUUGUAAGGCAUAAUAGUAUAGAUAGAGCAGUUGUUGAAUUUUGACUAUAUUCAAAUCUUGUAUGAAUUCUUUUUUAUGAUAAUAAUAUAAAAUUAAAUA